AUGGUCAACAUCAUUGGUCCAGAUCAGCAGCCAAGUCGAGCAGUCGGCGAGCGUGGUAGUACUCGACCCGGGACGAGUUCAAGUCGCCGACACGUGCGGGGUUCACGGGUUGGAAGACGGUCACGUCAAGAACAAGAACUACAAGAGCCCACAACCCUGGAACAUCUGGAGUAUUUGGCACACAGAGCUGUGAGAGUCAUGGAAAAACAUUCGCCUCCCUCGCGGUGUAACUUCGAAAAAGUUAUGGACCUUUUAAGACAAAAACACAAUAUGAACUUUCUCAUGCUGUGUCCCAAAUGUUACGGAUCCCAUAUGAGUCAGGUCGCGCAGUCGACGAGGGUGGUGAUGCUAGUCAAGGGACAAAGUAACUUGACUGGUUGGUGGUGGUGGUAUUUACGAUCAACUGUGGGGUCCGACGCUAAGAGGGACAAGACGAGAGGAAAAGCUCGUGAUAGAAUCCAAACAAUUGAAAUAUCUGGAUUUUCUGUCACUCAGAACGUUGAACGGACGAGUUCAAGUCGCCGACACGUGUGGGGUCCACGGGUUGGAAUACGGUCACGUCAAGAACAAGAACUACAAAUGCCCACAAACCUGGAACAUGUGGACUAUUUGGCACACAGGGCUGUGAGAGCCAUGGAAAAACAUUCGUCUCCCUCGCGGUGUAACUUCGAGAAAGCUAUGGACCUUUUAAGACAAAAACACAAUAUGAACUUUCUCAUGCUGUGUCCCAAAUGUCACGGAUCGCAUAUGUAUGAUGAAAUAGUAGCCCCUGAAAGAUGA